GCGGCGCGCGCGCAGACCUGUGUGUGUGUGUGUCCCCGGCUUCUUCCUCCACGCACUGACUUGUUGAUUCUGGACCGAGGUUUAUUUGGGGAAGCGAUUCCUAAAAUGUGGACAUGUAGCUGAUGAAUAGUCCACCUGCUCCGAGCCGAGCUUUGGACGGGAAGCACAAGUUGAGCGGAGGAGAGGAUGUUGCCGUCCGUCCACCGAGUGAAGACGCAGAUGCGCGGAGCAACCGCAGAAGAAGAAGACGCCAGACCCUAAUGAAGUCCAGCACGGGUCCCCGUUUUCUUUGGCUAGAAUUCUACUUCCAGUGAGAGACUCGAGCAAAGAUGAUCAAGGUGGGGCCCCGGUCCACCAACACGGCGCCGCCGGACGCCGCUGAUAUCGUCCGGAGCAAGACACUCUCCCGCAGGGUGAGACUCAAUGUUGGCGGCCUUCUUCACGAAGUCCUGUGGAGGACUCUGGACCGACUUCCCCGGACCAGGCUGGGCCAGCUGAGAGAAUGCAACACCCACGAGUCCAUCAUGGAGAUAUGCGAUGACUACAGCCUAGACAAUAAUGAGUACUUCUUCGACCGUCACCCCGGUGCAUUCACCUCCAUCCUCAACUUUUACCGCACCGGGAAGUUGCACAUGAUGGAGGAAAUGUGUGCCCUGUCCUUCAGCCAGGAGCUGGACUUUUGGGGUAUCGACGAGAUCUACCUGGAGUCCUGUUGCCAGGCCAGGUAUCACCAGAAGAAGGAGCAAAUGAACGAGGAGCUGAAAAGAGAGGCUGAGAACAUGAGGGAGCGGGAGGGAGAGGAGUUUACCACCACGUGUUGCUCGGAGAAAAGGAAGAAGCUCUGGGAUCUGCUGGAGAAGCCCAGCUCAUCCUUUGCUGCCAAGAUCCUGGCUAUUAUCUCCAUCCUUUUCAUCGUGCUCUCGACGAUCGCCUUGUCUCUGAACACGCUUCCAGAGCUGCAGGACACCGAUGAGUUUGGUCACGUCACGGACAACCCGCAGCUGGCGCACGUGGAGGCUGUGUGCAUCGCUUGGUUCACCAUGGAGUACCUGCUCCGCUUCCUCUCCUCGCCCAACAAAUGGAAGUUCUUCAAGGGCCCCCUGAACGUAAUCGACCUGUUGGCCAUCCUGCCCUACUACGUCACAAUAUUCCUGACAGAGUCCAACAAGAGCGUGUUGCAGUUCCAGAACGUCCGGCGUGUGGUGCAGAUAUUUCGGAUCAUGCGGAUCCUUCGUAUCUUGAAGCUUGCACGACAUUCUACAGGACUGCAGUCUUUGGGCUUCACCCUGAGACGGAGCUACAAUGAGCUGGGGCUGCUGAUUCUUUUCUUGGCCAUGGGGAUCAUGAUCUUCUCCAGCUUGGUGUUCUUCGCUGAGAAGGACGAAGAGGACACCAAGUUUAAGAGCAUCCCGGCGUCUUUCUGGUGGGCUACAAUAACAAUGACGACAGUAGGCUACGGAGAUAUCUAUCCAAAAACGCUGCUGGGUAAAAUAGUGGGGGGGUUGUGCUGCAUUGCUGGGGUGCUGGUGAUAGCGCUGCCUAUUCCUAUUAUUGUUAAUAACUUUUCAGAGUUCUACAAGGAGCAAAAAAGGCAGGAAAAGGCCAUAAAGAGAAGAGAAGCUCUGGAGCGGGCAAAGAGAAAUGGUAGCAUCGUCUCCAUGAACAUGAAAGAUACAUUUGGCCGCGGCAUAGAGCUCGCCGACAUCUUUGUAGACAAGGAAAAGACGCACGAUAACCAUGUGUCCCCCUCUCUGCACAAGGUUGAGCCCCAAAUGACCGUGGCAGGGAGUCCUGACACUCCUGCCAAGAACCUUGACUGGGGAACCCAAGAGCAGGCCAAACCUUCCCUGAGUCCACAGCGUCUGAGCGCACAGAGGCUGGAGGAGAUGUACAACACCAUGGCCAAGCCGCUCCCAAGUCUUGGCAGUCAGGAGAGGGGUGAGCCUCCAAAGCCAUUCAGGAACAGAGAAAUGGGAAACGUUCUGGCUGAGGCGGCGACGGACAUCAGAAGCAUGUCCAGCAUCGACAGCUUCAUCAGUUGUGCGACAGACUUCCCCGACAGCUCUCGCUUUUCUCAAAGCCCCAUCAGCAAUAUGAAAGGAAGGGUCAGCACCAACCCCAGCCUGGAGCCCACCUUGGAGAAUGAGCACGAAGGUUCUCAGGGCUCAAACACACCCGUGACGAGGCAGGGCAACAAGCACGGCCUGUAUUCCGUCAGUCCCAGAGCCAUGCGCUUUAACAGCUACUCCCUCAAGGGAAACCUUAGAGACAAGGAGGAUUCGGGGGCGGCAGCCAUGUCAGACAACUCAACCAUCCACAGUCCCGAGAUGUCUGUGUACACGACUGCCAGCGCCAGGACGCCCAGCAAGACCCAAGAGAACCUACUGCCAAGCAUCUUCACAUUCCACGACGCGACCAUCAACAAGUUCAUCGAUGCCGACACGGAUGAGGACGAGCAUCUGCACGAUGGUUCCGGCCAGAAUCCCUCUCAGAGACUCUUGGAAAAGGUCAGUCCUCGGUUUGGACAUCACUCCAGGUUUCCAGGACCCAACCACAUGGAAGGCGUCCAGAGAAAGAAAGGCAGUAGCAUGUUGCCCUUGGACACACAGGAGAACCACAUGGCUCAGGGACUACAGCCACUUCAGGGAGACGGUCGUUUCUAAUCAAACCUUAACUUGCACGCGCACGGACAGAGGGGCGUCGGAGGAGCUUGACAAGACGGACGCCAUGAUGGACACUGAGUACCGUGGGAGGCACGACGGCUUUUUGUUGAAUAAGGUGCGUUAGCUUCUAGUCACUGGGAACGCUGACGUUUAUUAGCAUAUAGCGUUCCAGCUAGCUAAAAUGUACAACAUGUCAAUUAUAUAAGCCAUCUCAGUUUGGAACAUAUCUAAAAGUCGUUUCAGUAGCAACGUCUGUGGACGGUCGUGUCUCGCUGUCGGAGAUUGAAAAGAUUGGUUGCUAAGUUAAAUACUAGGGUUGUAAUGUUCAUCCACACUGUCGCGAUGACUGGCCUUUGUUUUACGUCUCUGUGAGCGGAAGUGGAGAGAGGGAAAGUGUGUGCAAUAACAGAGUGCAUAUUUAUUCUUAUGUUCUUGUUCUCAGACAGAACCAAGCGGUAAUGUCUGUUUCCGUCAGCCAUGAUGUUUUUACUGCACAUGAUGUAUUUAGAUAUGAAGACAACUGUGACGUGGCAUCGGAUACGUCUUUCCUCAUUGUUCCUGUCCUGCCUGACUGCUGGCACCUUACAAGACACCAGUCCUUGCCACGCAUGUGGGGGAGACCACAGGGCCCGGGCCCGAUGAAAAGAGAUUACUGUUGUUUAGCUGUAGCUGUCUGAAGGCGUCGCUGAGAUUCUGAGGAUCAUUUGUCACAGAGGUCGAAUGUAGGUGUGGGACUGAGCAGCUGUUUGAUCCAUAGGGUCCAUAGAAUGAAAGUUUAACAGGCGCAAAGUUUCCUUGACGGUCUUCUUGUCCGUUUAAAACCUUUAGACACACACACUUGCGAGACGAAAGGACUCAAGCGACCAGACACAAAAUCCAAAAUGUAACAUUAAAAAAUAUAUAUAUUAUUAUUAUUAUUCUGUUGAAAAGACUUGCCGCCCUCAGGCCACUUUUACACUUCAACAGAGCUGCAGUGGUCAAGGUCGGACGGGCAGUUCAAUUCUGAUAGGGGCAGCAUUACAUGACUGCCACCAUGGCGGGGCGCUGUUUGACCAAGUCUGUUAGAAAAGAGUCCUGGCGUCUUUCCCAAUGGUAGAACACAACCAAAAAUUGUCUAUAUAAUUUAUGUAUUUAACAUUUUCUAUAUGAAUCAAUAAAUACGUGAGAAAGCAAAUAUGUAUACGGAAAAAAUCUAUUAUAUUUGAAUUAUUAUUAUAUUGAAGUUAAGGAUGCUAAUGAUGACUUUUGAAUUGAGUUCGUUUUCCAUUGAUCUUCUGGGGGCCAGAUACGCACAGGCAGGGCCACGAAAGACUCAACUCAAGACCUGCUGUGUAUGCUACAGUACACGAUGCACUCGAUACCUCAACACUAAUAAAUCAAAAGAUAAUUGUAUGAAAUUUAUGUUUCGCAGGCAUCAGUGAUGUCUUGCAAAAUGCUCAUUUUAUAUUUCACAUGACUUUGUGUCUUCAAAAUCCUGCAAAUCUCAUUCGGCUUUGUUUGAUUUUCCUUCGUGUGUGUCCUCGUCCCUGUAUGUGUGUUCAGACUGACAAGUGCGUAACAAUUUUCAAACCUCAUGGUAAACAUUCAUGUCUGACCUGAGCUAAGAUAAUAACGUAUGUAUUCAACAUUUUGAAGUUUGGAGGCAAGUCUCACGUGCCUGGGCACAGAACAGAUCCUCUGGUGAGAGCGGCCUUUACUCUAUUUCAUGUUGAGCAUUGUGAUGAUACUUUUAUUUAUGAAAUGCAAGUCAGUUGGUGAGCAGGGGUGACAGGGUUAGAAGUGUCAGUCCAGCUGGUGGUAUUUAUCCAUGCAAGUGUUGGUGCAUGCAACCCUGCCCUGCCACGAGUAUCUCAUGCUAGUUCAGAAUGGUUCAUGCGGUUUCGAUUUCACGACGUCUCCAUUUGUCAGAAUGGGACUCCAGGUGAGAAAACAGGGGGGUCAUUUUCGCUUGGUUCUGUGUGUCUCCAUAUGUAGCCAGGGACCGGAGAUUUGGGUUCGUCGCCUGACUGUUUUGUAGAAGUGUGCGCAUUGUACAUAACAAACAGAACAUGGCAACGUUGAUAUUUAUUGUAGAGAACCGAAAAUGAUUUAUAUUUGUAAGCUGUUUUCUAAAGGAGUGAACUCUCUGCUAGUUUAUUGUGCUCACCUCAUAGUUUGGCAUAUUAUACCAACUGUAUUUAUUGUGGUUGGUGAUUGUUGGGGUUCCCCGUGUUUCCAUUAUUUGCUGUUAUCUCCAAUUUAAUAUUGUAUUUCUUUGUGCAAUUUAACGAACCAAAGACAGUUUGACCUCCUUUACCUCUGAUGAUAAUGACCUUUUUUAAUUCACUCACCAUGAGCAGCUGCUGAAGGAAGGAGAUCUUGCAGAACUGCUCAGACACAGAAGACGUCCCCCUGCUGUGUCCUCUCACGUACCUCAUACAACCCAUCAGUGCACUGCAUGUGCUUUACUCCCACGACAACAACGACAACAGAUAAAUCUCGUGCUAUAGCUAGAAGCUAACUAGCGUUAGCCGCUAACUGCAUAGCAACGCUGCCUCCCACCGGCCCGAAUGAAGUCGUCCAACCGACACAAAUCGGAGAAUAUUGUAUCGUCUGCCUUUGAUUAUUAAAGACACACUGAAUUUGAAUAGAAAGAAAUAUAACAUAUACGUUUUAAGACAUACGUUUACACAAAACUGAGUUCGCUCUUAUUUUAAGAUAGUUUUUUUUAAACAGUCACUUUACACCAGGGGUCUGAGAACGAUCCUCCAAAAGGGGCGCAGGUUCUGUAGGAGACCGAAACAAGAAGUCAUCCACUGCGACCCGACUGUGGCUCAGCUAGAGAGCCCUGCUUCACAGCUCCAUCUGCUUGGAUCCUUCUUCACCAGAGAACAGAACUGAGGACCAAACUUAGACCUUUCCAACUUGAAAUUUCCUUUGUUUGUCAGAUUCCAUCGCACUGUCUUUUUCCAACAAGUUUGAUUUUUGCUCAACGUUAUUUGACGAGUUCUGUGGCGGUGGGAAACUGGGUUUGUUGUUUUCCUUCGCAGCAUUUGGGACAGAAUGUUUGAUUUCAUGGCUCUACAAUAUUUAACACCUCUUGAAA